CAAAAAUAAAAUGACUGAAAAUAUUGCUGUGACCAAAUUUAGAGAAUUUUUAAGAAUAAAUACAGAACAACCAAAUCCUGAUUAUUAUGGCUGUAGAGACUUUUUAUUUAACUAUGCAAAAGAAUUGGGAAUUACCCCUUGGGGGUAUGAGUGUGUGGAUAAAAAGCCUUUUGUUGGAAUGACUUUGUUUGGCACUAGACCCGAAUUACCUUCAAUUUUGUUGUAUUGCCACACAGAUGUUGUCCCCACUUUUGGGGAGUUUUGGACAUACCCUCCCUAUGAGGCUUUUAAAGACGAGAAGGGGAAUAUUUUUGCGCGUGGGGCACAGGACAUGAAAUGCGUUGGUAUUCAAUAUAUUGAAGCUUUGCGUGCUCUUAAAGCUUCGAAUGAGAAUAAGCCCUUUGUUCGGACCAUUCACAUACUGUGGGGACCAGAUGAAGAAAUCGGUGGUCAUGAUGGCAUGGAAAAAUUUGUAGAGACUGAUUGCUUCAAGCAACUAAAUGUUGGAUUUGUUUUGGAUGAGGGGCUUGCAAGUGAAAAUGAUGUUUAUCGUUUAUUUUAUGCAGAACGUUGUGUUUGGUGGUUUAAAAUAAUAUGUCCUGGAUCGCCUGGGCACGGUUCUCGAUUUAUUGAAAAUUCUGCCGGGCCAAAAUUGGUAAGAGAAAAUACAAAAAAAUACAGAAAAAUACAAAGAAAAUACAGAAAAAUACAAAGAAAAACACACAAAACACAAAAAAAAAUACAAAAAAAAACACAAAAAAUACAAAAGAAAAUACAAAAAAAUACAAUGAAAAUACAAAUAAAACACAAAAAAAUACAAAAAAAAUAA